UGUGGCAGCGGCGGAGGCUCGACGGAAGGCGUCGUCGGGAGCGUGAGUGGGAGCGGCAGCGGCGGAAACAGCAGCAGCGGCGGUGGCAUGGAUUGCAUGCCCCUGCGUCCAGGCCCGUUUCACUACCUGAUAAGCGAGCAGGCGAAAUCGUUGAUCGCGCUGCAGGAGCUGCAGAAUGAGGUCGGCGCCCUUCUCGAGUUCCGGGACCUCGUCAUCGAGACGUUCCCAAACCUCCGGCACAAGAUGGCCGCGACGUCGUCCGCCGGAGCGUCCGUGAUGUCCUCGUCCUGUACCCAAAACUCUCACAUCCCUUUACCAUUGUCCAGCCCAUCGUCCCGAAGGAUCAACGAAUGGGAGCCUGGCAAGAUCAGGCGGCGAGUGCCGCGCGAAGGUGGUGGCGGCGAGUCGUCGUCGUCGUCGUCGUUGCCAAGGAGCCGCAGCAACUCGCACAGCGGUGGCACGAAGAACAACUGCAGCGGCACGGUGCAGGACUCUGGCUUCAGCACCGAGACAUCUUCCAAGGACAGCGCCUCGACGGCUAUAGCGCCGAGGCCGAGCAGUCCUCGGCCUGCCGCCGUCCUCGACGAGGCGGAGGACGAGCUGUGGAACCUUCUGGACGUAAUCCAUCGCAAGGGGAUCCGACUCAGGGAGGAGGUGGAAUGUCUGCAAGGUCGGUUGGAAAGCGUAGCGUCCGAGGACCUCGCGUCCACCGACAUCUUGGACGCCGUGAGGGAGGUCGCGUGCCUGGACGGUGAGAAGACCACGACGACGACGAUAGGAGCGAGAAGCGAGGAGGACAAAGAGGAUGACAAGGACAACGAUUCUCAAGUGAUAGCGCUGAGGCGAGAGAAGGAGCAACUGUUGGACAAGGUAGCGGAACUCGAGGCCGAGACGAUAUCCAGCCGGGCCAGGGCGCAGGAGCUUCAGUCGGAGUUGGCAGCGCUGUCAGCGUUGAAAACCGGCCUGGAGGAUCGGCUGCGUGCUGGACUGAGCGAAACCUCUGCGACGGACAACAUCCUCGUGCCUGGCGCGCAGAGGCUGCAGCCGAUCGCGACCGCGUUGCCUCUCGUCUCGUCGCCGAAGAGCAACAACAACCUUGGCAGUAUCAAGAGCAAGUCCUCGGCGUUCGCGUCAGUCGCGACGUCGAACAAGGCUCACAAGAGCCGCUUCCGGACGAGGACCAUAGAGAAGAACGUUCUGUUACACGUGACCGCUCACAACGACGAGCUGCGCGACAUCGACGUCGAGGCGAGCGUGAACGAGAGGAGAGCGCGGCUCGGUGCGCUGGAUUCCGUCCUUGUGUCACCUACCAGAGUCGCGCACGUUAGGAACGUUGACUCGAAGAAGAUCGCUGCCAUCCUACGGGAACACUCGCCUCUCGAGCUGCAGCGGCAUUUAAUCACUACUACCGUCCAUAAUCAGGUUCUACAGAAGAGGUUAGACGAGGUGCAGAAAAGCACGGAAACUCUGUCCGAGCGGUUGGACAAGGCACGGGAGGAGAACGACGACCUACGUUUCCAGCUGGAGGAGAGAAACAUCGAGUUGGAGGGUACACGGGCGCGCGUGCGCGUGUUGGAAAGACUUCAGCAACGGCCGCCGACGGAAGCAGACCCGGAGGCGGACGGGGAUCAGCCGAGAUGCGAGCAGAACGGUCUGGAGCCAGGGAGUAGCACAGAGUCGGCUCGCGAUCAUCAUCAACCGGUCGAGGUAAAACCGUCGCCUCGACGGCGUCCUAGUCGUAUACCUUUGCCCGGUGCCACGACGAAAGCAACAGCGCCCAGACCACCUAGCCACGGAAGGAACGACAGCAGGGAAUCGUUAAAGUCGUUGACAAGGCCUCCGCGUGAUUCUAGUCGCGACAGUCACUGCGGCAAGUCUCUGUCGAAGGCUCGUGACUCGAAUCGGGACUCUCUCGGGAACAAAAGCCUGACGAAGAGUAGCAAUAGCAACGGCAGCGGCAGCAACGGCGCAGGCAGUGGGAACAGUAACGGGAACGGAAACAGCAAGGAGACGAACAGCAGGGAGUCCCUGAACAGGUCCCUGCCUCGUAACAAUUCCAGCCGAGACUCCUUAAACAAAUCCUCCUCGCUGUCCCGCGCCCGAGACUCGCUGGAGUCUAACAACCUCGGCACGUCCCCAUCCCCGGGGACGACUCCUCCUCGACGACCGCCCGCUCCUGCACGCCGUUCCUACAGCCUGGCCCGCGCGUCAACGUCCGUUGAUACCGAGAACGGCAAGAGACUCUCGACCGACACUUGUCUUAAAUACGACGAAUCGCCCGACGAUCCACUACCGAAAUGUCUGAUCUGGAGCGCAGGCGAGCGUGCGUUCGAGCCCGUCCCCGGCGGUCCAAUAAAGAAAAUGGCCCCUACUCGCGUGCCGCCGGUUUUUCUC